CUUGGCUAUACCGUAAACCUUCUGGCUAGCUGUUUGUCUUCUUACCAUGUGGUGUGUUGGGGAGUGUUGCUGGACUUUCUGCAGUUAUUAUCCUGAAAUCCACUGAACAGACACUCAUUUCUUGUUCACGAAGGGUACUUCGACGAGUUUACGUUUAUAGCAGUGCAAAGAAGAAGUGCUAGUCGUGAAGGAGACGAUCCCAGAAUGAAGUCGGAGGGGAUUGAAGGCUGUGAGAGAUUCCUGAGCCCUGGGAAAGGCCGAGGGGUCAGAGCAACGCGGCACUUCCAAGUGGGUGACCUGGUGUUCGCCUGUCCGGCGUACUCCUACGUCCUGACAGUGAACGAGAGGGGCGGCCACUGCGAGUUCUGCUUCACCAGAAAGGAUGGGCUGUCCAAGUGUGGCAAGUGCAAGCAGGCCUACUACUGCAACGUGGAGUGUCAGAAAGGAGAUUGGUCCAUGCACAAGCUGGAGUGCUCUUCCAUGUGUUCAUAUGGAGAAAACUGGUGUCCCUCCGAAACUGUGCGACUGGUUGCUAGAAUCAUCGUGAAGCAGAAAUUCCAGACAGACCUGACUCAAUCUGAAAGAUUGUUAUCCCUGAAAGAGUUUGAAUCACAUUUGGACAAGAUAGACAAUGAGAAAAACGAGAUGAACCAAACUGAUAUUGCUGCACUCCAUCACUUUUAUUCUAAGUAUCUGGAUAUUCCUAGUAAUGCUGCUCUUGCAGAACUCUUUGCCCAGGUGAACUGUAAUGGUUUUACCAUUGAAGAUGAGGAGUUGUCUCAUUUGGGCUCUGCAGUCUUUCCAGACGUUGCUUUGAUGAACCACAGCUGUAAUCCAAAUGUGAUCGUGACUUAUAAAGGUACAGUAGCAGAGGUCCGUGCUGUUCAGAAAAUCAGCCCUGGAGAGGAGAUUUUCAACAGUUACAUUGACCUCCUGUAUUCCACUGAGGACAGGAAUGAGAGGCUGAAGGAUUCAUACUUCUUUACCUGUGAUUGCACAGAAUGCACCACCAAAUCAAAGGACGAGGCCAAAAUGGAGAUUCGGCAGAAGCUGAGUACUCCUCCAGAGCCCGAAGAAGUUCAGGAAAUGGUGAGGUAUGCCAAGAAUAUCAUUGAGGAAUUCAGGAGAGCCAAGCACUAUAAGACUCCCAGUGAGCUGCUAGAGAUCUGUGAGUUAAGUCUGGAGAAAAUGGGAUCCAUAUUUGUUGACACCAAUGUGUACAUGUUGCACAUGAUGUACCAGGCCAUGGGUGUCUGUCUCUACAUGCAGGACUGGGAUGGAGCCAUGAAGUAUGGCGAGAAAAUAGUGGAACCCUAUAGUGUGCAUUACCCUCAGUACUCUCUCAAUGUGGCUUCUAUGUACCUGAAGCUUGGAAGACUUUACAUGGGACUUGAGAAAAGAACACAAGGAGUGAAAGCUUUAAAAAAGGCUAUUGCCAUCAUGAAUGUUGCAUUUGGAAAAGACCAUCAUUACAUUGCUGAGAUAAAAAAGGAAAUGGAAGAGCAUAAGUAAAGAGAGGACCUCUGUAAAUUCAAGAACAGCUGUAUGGCAUGCAACUAAUACCUCUGCUUGCAUACAAACUAACGUUUGUUUCUCUUUGAUGUCAUUUUGAGGUUUUGGUUUGUUUAUUUGUUUGUUUGUUUUACAAAUGAUUGCUGACCUGGGUUCUUGACAUUGAGGUGCUGGUUCUGUUAGCUGUCCGUACUAUGAAUAAAUAUGCACUGUUUGUGUGAGCAAGGGCUAAUAAUUAAAUAUUAAAUAUACUUGUCCUAAAGAUUGUCUUAAAAAUAUUUCUUUAACUUCUUUGCCAUACCAUUCAUCAACCACAUUGUAAAAAUGACUGUUUGCUUGGCCACAGAAUUUACCAAUGAUUCAGUAACAGCAUAUUUGGAUGAGUAUUUAACACGACUAAAGACGCAUAUCCCUGAUUCUAAUUAGUGAUCGUCUAGAUAGUAUGGCAUGAAAGAAUGCCUUUGUUUCAUGCCAAAGCUCUAUAUUGUCUAUAAAGCCUACACUAGGUCUUUAACAACUUUGCAGUUUUUGGUACCAUAAAAAGAUAAAUAAAUUGGUUUUCUAACA